AGCUCGGGCACCCCUGUACAUGUGUUCUUGGUCUGUACCGGUCAAGAGUAUAUACUAUAGCUUGAACUUGUACGGAAAAAAGAACAAGGAAAAAACAUGGGGUUUCCAACGUUAAUCCUUCUAAUCACUCUUGCUUCAUCUGUGGCGACAGGGCAGCAGUACACCAAGUGUAUUCGUGAGGGGCGGAUCCUGCCGUACCCGCUGGACACGUCUGCUCGCAGCCAGAACAAGGACUCCACAGUGAACCAGGACACGUCAUGCACCGACCAUCCCAGCUCAAGCAACUCCGUCGCCUCCGCCCCGUUCUUCCACGGCACGACCCCCCUGUUCCGCCGACGCCGUGACGUGAACGAGGUGUGCACCCUGUGUACCGUACACCGCGUCCUGCUGUUCCGCGGGGAGGUCUUCGAGUGGGGUGUCGGGGCAGACGACUGGGAGAAUAAGGUGGCGUGGGAAGGCCACCGCUGUCCGUCCGACUGCCAGAUCCUUUGGGCGGGUUAUGUGGCCGGUUACAGCACUUGCACCCGAGAGCAGGCUGAGCAGUUCACGCGUGAUUUCAAGGCUCGCUACGGCACCUACAACCUUUUCACCAACAACUGUCACCACUUCGUCAACCGGCUCAUGAACUACCUGGACUCCGGCUGCACCGUCAUGCCUUAUUAAGGCAUUCAGAUGACGUCAUCACUGCAGGUGUACUUGCAUGAGAGAUGAAAUAAUGAUUCAAUAUUAUGAGACAUUUUGAACACGCGAUCAAUAAACGACGUCGACUAUCAAUAUCA